GCACGGGUGGAAUCCUCUGCCUAGAAUCUCAGCCAUGGGCUGUGCAGCCUCUGUCCGUGCCGAAGGCGCCCCGGCAGCCUAUGCAGCGCCUCCUCCCCAGGCGCGGCAAGCGCCACCCAACGCGCCAUCUCCAAAGCCUUGCCAGGCGUCCAAAGUGACGGAGGCGCCGGUGCUGAAGAGCUUGGUGGCGUUGCAGCGAGAUAGCUGCCGGCUGGAGAAAGAUGAGAAUGGGUGCUUCCUGGCCUUCCACUUCAGCGCGUCCGCGCCGGGCUCGGCCAGGGCCGCCUUUCUGGUGGUGGGAGGCGUCAAGUCCGGCGUGGAUGUCACGCUGGAACUGCCUCCAGGCACCGUGCCCUCUGAGAUGCAGUUUGAGGCUGGCCCACAGCAGAUGGGGCGCCUCUUCCUGUCCCGCGACCUUGGCGGCCUUGCCUCCUUCCAGGAGAAGGAGGACCAUCACCACGUGAUGCUGGACCUGCGCGCGAACUUCGGGUCCGAGGCGGUAGUGGCGCAACGGAGCUUUCUGCAUCUCGACGGUGGAGAGGUCCAAGUACGGCGCCAGCUCGUGGAGUGCCACUCAGGCGCAAGGACCACCGUGCGCUGCCUCGAGCCAUUGUACGGCACGCUGCCCAACGGCAGGCAGCCUGCGGUGGAGGGGGAGUGCGUGAUUUGCCUGGAGAAGCCCAAAGAGGUGGCCAUUCUCCACUGCCGCCACGUGUGUUUGUGCUUCAGCUGCGCCCAGAUCACCUCUUCCACUUGGUCCUUUCAGUGUCCCGUGUGCCGCGGGCGAGUGGCUGGUAUGGUGGGCCUUCAGCAGCUGCCGGCACAAUGAACGGAGCCGGUCGUUCCUGCCGCAGUCCAGGAGGACAACACAACAAGCGAUUCCACCGAUCGGGGGGGGGUGGGGUAAUCCCCUUUACUUUCCUGAAUAUCCAGUUUGGGAAGUGCAAGAAUUUGCCC